ACAUUGCACAUGCGCUUUAGGGUUACUGGGCAGUAACGAGGAAGUGCAGUCACGGAUUGAAAGUGUCAAACUGCUGCGUCUCCCUUAUUUAGACUUCAAGCUUUGUGAUGGCCAUUGACUGGAUUGGAUUCAGCUAUGCUGCUGCAGUCGCUUUUGGAGGAUUCAUGGGAUACAAACGAAAAGGUAGCGUGAUGUCUCUGAUUGCAGGUUUAGUUUUUGGUGGAUUUUCUGCUUACGGUGCCUGUAACGUGUCCAAUGACCCAAAGGAUAUCAAGGUCUCACUGCUUGCUGCAGGAGCCCUCGCAGUCGUCAUGGGAAUGAGAUACAGGAAAUCUGGGAAACUAAUGCCUGCUGGGAUCAUGUCAGGGCUAAGUUUGUUGAUGGUGUUCCGACUGUUGCUGCUGAUCAUGGCGUGACUGAGAGGAAAAGUCUGACCAGCCUGAGGCUUCUCUGGUUCUCAGUGAACAAAGCCUUGUUUUAAAGGAAACAUCAUUUCCACUUAUCACACUAAAACAAGUCUUAUAGCUUUUGAGUGAUCUCAUUGUAGUACAUCUCCUUUGCUAAUUUUCCAUACAUCAGAGUUUUUUAUCCUACAUGAGCCUGUGAAUGAAUGUAUGAUUUGUGAAUAAUGUCUUUGAUUUAUUCCCUCACACUA